AUGGUGCCUAAAACGAGAGCUGAAAAUGCUGAGCUUAAUGCAAUGGAGAUCAUAUCUUCUCUAUAUGCUGAACAUGCAUCAGGAAAUACCAAAGUUGGCCUCGACUUGGAGGAAGGCCGUUGCAAAGAUGUGUCAACUCUUAAUAUUUGGGACCUCCACUUAACUAAGUUCUUUGCUCUCAAGUAUGCUGUAGAUGUUGCCUGCACUAUUCUACGGGUAAAUCAGAUUAUAGUGGCAAAACCAGCAGGUGGCCCUAGUAAGAGAGAUCAGCUUGUAGGGAUGGAUGAGGACUAA